AUGGAGGAAGAGCGCAUUAUUUUUGUUGACAAAUUGAAAAGCGUUGUUUCAAGUAAUUCAGAACUCAGCAAAGAAGUCAAGAACCUGCAGAAGGACCCCAACAUUGCCACGCCCCUCCGGAAGGCAUCGAUGCCACAAAGAGUUAUCAAGAACGUGAAAUCAUACUUUGGAAAGCUUAUGGCCAAAGCUACUCCGAUUGAGAAAGCCUUCUUUGUCGUACUCAUCAUAUUCAUUUUUGGAGCUGUGGGGCUACUUAUCUAG